UGAAUAAUUUAUAAAGUUAAAAUGUUGUAUAAUUGAGGUUCUAUUCAAUUAAAAAUAUCUACAUUCUACAUAUCACAUGUUUAUAGUUCAAUUUUAUAAUAAUGUGUUUUAUAUCUUUCAUCAGUCAUCACUCAUCGCGUUUUGGAGCAGUAAAAGUACAACAUUUAACUUCAAUACCAUUUCUAUCCAAAAAUUACUCUAAAAAUUUAGCUUCCCUUAGACAAAAAUUUAGAAAAUAUGUAAAAGAUUUUGAGAGUGACUUGGCUAAAUUCCGAGAAAAUCCUGAUCUCCCAGAUCAAGAAGAAGACCAAAAAGAAGAUGAAGAUGUGGAUUCUGAUGAAAGUGAAAGUGAAGAUCCAGCUGCUUCAUUUAAAAAAAUCAGAAGAAAAAAUACCCAAGGUAGCAAAAACUGGUGGUGAUUCUAACAGUGACAAUUCGUUUGAUUGGGGUAAUGAUUCUGAAAGCUCUUCGUCAAGUAGUGAAGAUAAAGGUCAAUAUCAAAGUAUAAGAGAACGGUUUUUGAAAAAAUCGUCUGAUAAAGACGAUGAUGAAAAGAAAAAAGAGCGCAAAGAAAAACCUAAAAAACUUAAACGAGAAAAAGAAGAUGAAAGUGAUUCAGAAUGGCAGAAAGUUCGGAGAGGAGUAGCAAUUUCAUUUGAAAAACCAAAAAUGUUUGCAAAAGAUGCAGAAAUUACUCCAGAGGCUGUUCUGCGUAAAUUAACAGAAGUAAUUGCUGCCCAUGGAAAGAAGCGUACCGAUCGAAGAGAACAAUUUGAGCUGUUACAUGAAUUAUUAUUAAUUUCAGAAGCUCACGUGAAGCUUGGUGAACUGCGUAACAAAUAUAACGUUAUUUGCGGGAUUACGUUUUACUAACUAAUAUCAAUAAUAGAAGAUAAAAAAAUAAAAUAUAACCUUAAAGACUUAAACUAAAUAAUGCUGUAGGCGAGUGUGUACAAUGUCACGGUGAAAAAUUGAUAUUAUUUUUCGACUAGCACAUUAUUUGUUUAUUUAUUUAUAGUUUAGCACCCUCGGCGGGUAGAGUGCAGCCAGUUUGUUAUUGUUUCACAUCAAUACACAUAACACAUAACAAAUAUUAUAAUAUAAUAAUAAUAUUAUAGUCUAUUGAAAUGAUAAUUUCAUUUUUCAUUCAUCUUAUACUAUACCUAUUAUUAUUAUAUUCACAAACCUAAACAUAGGCCAUGGGUGCACCGUUUAUUAAAUCUUGCGUACAAAUAUUGACGUACUUUGGUUCGCUAUUUAUUAUGUACCAGACAAUAAUAUUUUCACAAAGAAAACACACGUUUAUUUGUUUAAAAUACCACUUAUAAUAAUAUAUAUUAUAUUAUAAUGUUGUGAUGACUAUACAUGUAAAGUGUAUAGAUAGAUAGCUAUAUCAUAUGGUAUAUAUUUACAACCAUGUUUAUUCGCGUCGUUUACCUAGGUAUGUGUAAUUGCAUCAUUUCGACCGAAAAGUGUACAUAAUUUUGUUUAUUUUAAUUUAAAUGUAAAUUGUAUGCGAUAUUGCGAUAUGAAAUUCUCGUAUACAUUAAAUACGCACUCGUGCUAGCGCCUAGCUGUGCACUAGAAAUGGAAAAUAUAGACAUUGCGUAUAAUGCAGCAUACCUCUAAAUAAUAUUUAUGCUUGUGUUGUAAGACUUUGAGCGACGACGUAAAUAUUAUAUUAUUAUCUACUCGGUGUGAUGUUUGGAAAAUGAUUUUCGCCGCAUUAGAAAAGAUGAACAAAAUCGUUUCUGAUUAUUUUCAGACUUUUAGUUAUUAUCACUACAAUGUUAUACUAUUAUAAUUAAUCAA